CUCUCUUCUCCCUCUUCCCCCUCUCUUCCCAUCCUCCCCCUCCCUGCUUACAGCUCCAUGGCACCUGCAAUGAUGGAGAGACUGAAGAGGGCCUUCUUCCGGCGAUACAAGCUCACUCGCCAAUCCAUAGGCUGCACCCUGCUGGUGAUUGUCAUCUUUGGUCUCACAAUGUAUUUUAUGAAUGUCAUGGCAAAUGUUGCAUCGUAUCUCUCGCCGGACAAUACUGAGACGCCCAAGCUCUCAGAUCGACUGUUUGAGGCAAUUCCAUCCAUACACUUGCUCUGGCUGACGGAUCUUGCAGAUGCUUUGAUGUUCGUUCCAACUGUCCUCUUGGUCCUGACCCAUUACCGGCCCCUCUAUCUCCUCUCUAAGGUCCUCCUGACCUGGGCACUCUGCAACCUCAUGCGCAUCACCACCGUCGCCAUCACCUCUUUCCCCGAUCCACGCGACGGCUGCAUACACUCUGUCGGCGAAUUCUUUACAACCUUCACACUCCAUCGAUGUGGCGACUGCAUGUUUAGUGGACAUACCAUCAUCUUUGUCAUCUCGGCGUUAGUCUGGACGAGUCAUGGCUAUCAUCGAUUCCCACACCGCUUUCGCUGGCUAGCUUGGAUCUGUUUGAUUUUCGUCUGGGCCCUCUGUAUCGGAUCAGCUGUCAUUGUCCUUGCGAACCGCGCUCAUUAUACCGUCGAUGUCUUGGUUGCAUUUUACAUUGCGGGCGGAAACUUUUAUAUCUGGACCUAUGUUUUUGAGCGCUAUAUCGAAGACAAGGGUCGACUCCGUGAUCUGACACAUCCUUGGGGCGAUGGACCUGAUACACGACCACACAUUCAGAAAAAGGAGGAGCGGCGGCAACGGAAGGUAGCUGAUGCGGAAAAGGAGGCAGCCAUGGCAACCGAAGAUAGUGGAGCAGAGAUGCGGUCUGUCGUCACUGAGGAUCCUCCUCUCCAGCAGAACGAGCCACUGGGCAUUCACCAAUCUGAUCCAUCAACAGCAGCAGCAGCGGCGGCAAUGACAGACAGUAGACAUCCGCUUUAGAGACGGCACUAUAUACAUAUAAUAAGCCUAUAAAGUCAAUAAUAUACAUCAUCGAUUCGUCAUAAUGCCGGAAACGCGUUCUGCCGAUUUCUUUUUUAGUGGCGGCCAAUAAGAUCCGGGCCAGAAGAGACCACAAACUUCGAGUGGGUUCUGGGCGAUUACUGGUCAUUCUAGUGAGACCUAGAGACGCGCUUGGCUGCCUAUAUCAGCAAGCAGUGCUUUCAUGGUCUGACACCAUUUUCCAUCUUUUUUUCC